UAUACUUGCAGAAGUAAACAUGGCCGCCGUCCGUCUCUUCUCUCUCACCAGAUAUGGUAGAAGAGGUGGAGCACUGGGGUCGGCGGUGCACCGUGGCAGUGGAGUGAUGGCGGUGCGUCACUGCUACAAGUUGGUGACCCCAGAGGAGCCCAGCAUGGAGUGGUCGGACAUAACCGACCGUGCCGCUGCCACCGUCUUCUGGACUGAACUGUGGCAAGGAGCGGCAGUGACACUGGGACACAUCUUCAUGGAGCCAGCAACUAUCAACUACCCGUUUGAGAAAGGUCCGCUGAGUCCCAGAUUCCGCGGAGAACACGCCUUGCGUCGCUACCCAUCAGGUGAAGAACGCUGCAUCGCUUGUAAACUCUGUGAGGCAAUUUGUCCCGCCCAGGCUAUCACCAUUGAGGCUGAGGAGAGGAAAGACGGCGCCAGACGUACGACGAGGUACGACAUUGACAUGACCAAGUGUAUAUAUUGUGGCUUCUGCCAGGAGGCAUGUCCAGUGGAUGCUAUUGUUGAGGGUCCCAACUUUGAGUUCUCAACAGAGACACACGAGGAGCUGCUCUACAACAAGGAGAAACUACUGAGUAACGGUGACAAGUGGGAACCGGAGAUAGCUGCUAACAUCGCUGCUGACCACCUGUACCGCUAGCAGCAUUUUCACAUGUCUUAGAUGUCUCAAAGUACCUUUGAAAAGGCAUCAAACUCUCCAUCUUUCAAAGCUUGAAAAUGCGUGAGAAUCCCCUUGAAAAGUUUGACGUCAGACUGAUGUUGCAAUUUUGAGGUGUCAAACCUCUUUCAAAAUGAAGCGGACUGCGUUAGAAAUGUUAGACAUCUUUGAAAAUACGUCAAACUGCUUUUGAAAAGUUGAACACAUUCUGAAAUGAAUGAAAUAUUCAUCACCUAAAAUAAGGCAAAUGUUCAACAUCUAAAAUACAUUAAAUGUUCAACACCUUCUAAAUUUGUAGAUGAAUGGUUCAGAGAACCGACAUGUUGAUAAAUUAGACACAUGUGCAACUCUUGGGUAUCUUUAUCGAGGAAACGUUUCGCCACACAGUGGCUUCAUCAGUCCAUACAUAGGAGAAACUUGAAGAACAGGAGGAGAAUGAGGUAAUCAGUCCCUCAACCUUGAGUCGAUGUGUUCAGUCCAUCAAUCUUGAGUAGAAUACGGCAGAUGAGCGGAGAAGCAGCUGCUUCUCCGCUCAUCUGCCGUAUUCUACUCAAGAUUGAUGGACUGAACACAUCGACCCUCCUGCCAUACGGUUUAUAAGCUGCUUCUCCGCUCAUCUGCCGUAUUCUACUCAAGAUUGAUGGACUGAACACAUCGACUCAAGGUUGAGGGACUGAUUACCUCAUUCUCCUCCUGUUCUUCAAGUUUCUCCUAUGUAUGGACUGAUGAAGCCACUGUGUGGCGAAACGUUUCCUCGAUAAAGAUACCCAAGAGUUGCACAUGUGUCUAAUUUAUCAACACCUUCUAAAUUACAUCAAACUACCUUAGAAACUUUGAAAAUAUUUAUGUUGUAGACUUUGAAGAAACAGUUUUAGCAGAUGUUACUCAACUUUGCUGUACUGGUAAUAAAUUAUAAUAAUAUUUAUGUGUUAUAUGCAGUGGGUUCUCUUAUAAAGUUUAUAUACAGUGGAUUUUCUUAUUAAGCUCCUCUACACUCAGUUCUUAAGAGAAGUGACUGUAUAUAAGAGAUCUUUAUAAGAGAAGUGACUGUACGUUAAGGUGAGGAAGGUGUUGGAACCUAUGGUAAGGGAAUUAUUUGAUGCUUCACUCUAAGAGUGUAUUAAACUAUGUCUUGUAAAUAUAUAUAUAUAUAUGCCUUGA